GUAUGCUUCGGGGAGUUGAAGCUCGCAUUCUCUAUUUUGAUGAUUGAUCAGCAUCGAAAAGAUCGGGACCUUGGGUUAAGCAAUUCAUGUGUGCGUUGUAUGUGGCGACUCCCAUGAUUGCUCUGUCCAUGAAGUUGGUUCGAUGCCUGUUGUUUGUGAGUUCAUCUUGGUUUCCUUGUUCCCCAGCGAACAAGUACUCGUCACCAGCACUGCGCAGAAGUGUGAACUCGACGCUGGUGUGAGCCCCCCAGUCGAGGCACCGGUGCCCCCCCCAGGCACCGGUGGACUGGUCCGGCUCCCCCCCCCCCCUUCUUCCUCCCCUAACCCCAUCUACCCCUGGCGCCCUGGCUGCGCAGCAUUCACUCCCCCCGCCUCCGCCCUCCCACCCCCUUCGCCCACCUCCCGGGCCUCCUCGAGCAGGGCGGCCGCUACUAUGAAGGCCACCGCUGCCUUCCACAGUUUAACUGGGAUAGUAUCCCGCGGCUGCUCCCCCCACGCCCUCCUCGCCGCCCUCCCCGCCCUCACCAAAAUAUUUAUGAGGAAUAAUCCCCCACAAACUACCGCCAUAAUCUCGAGAGUGUUUUCCGCCCACACGUAUCCCAUCUUGAAUGUGUUCAGAUGUGUUCAGAUGUGUUCAGAUGUGUUCAGAUGUGUUCAGAUGUGUUCAGAUGUGUUGUUGUGUUGUUGUGUUGUGUUGGUGACCUCCAGAGGCGGAUAUUAUGGACCUCUGGGGGGCACUGGUUAUGGAAAGAGCAGUUUGGGGAAGGCACAAAUGUCACCACCUACACCUGCCUCUCUACAAACCGAGUAUUCUAUGUACAACUGGAGGAUCCAGCACGAAGACCACAUUGAACAUUUUCGUGGAAUACUUGUCGGUAUCAGGAGACUCGGCUGCUGCUUGGUUGGCCCUGGCUCCAGGAUCUGCAUUUGCUUUCUUCUAUCCAAGCGCUCCAGGCCUGCCGUUUUCAUUAUUACUAUCAUCGCGUCAUCAUCACUGUCCAGAAAGGCCUCAAGGUUAUCGCCUUGGCCGUCUCCUAAUCGUUCUUCGUGACCAAGCUAUCCACCUUCCCAUUCCCUCUGUUGCGCUUUUU